UCUUGUUCUUUCUACCACCACCUUCUCGCCUGUCCGAUCCGCCUUUGUUCUCGUUCGCCCAUACCCAACGCCGCGCGCAAUUGACAGAUACUCUGCUAUCCUCCCAUCCUCGCCUUUGCUGCAACGACGCCGCCGAGACCGCCCCUCCUUAAUCACCCCCGAGUUCACGACACAUUCCCACCAUGGCCAACGACGAGUACGACUUCCUCUUCAAGGUCGUCCUGAUUGGAGAUUCUGGUGUCGGUAAAUCCAACCUCUUGAGCCGUUUCACCCGCAACGAGUUCAACCUUGAUUCAAAGUCGACCAUCGGUGUCGAGUUCGCUACACGCAGCAUCCAAGUCGACAACAAGACCAUCAAGGCUCAAAUCUGGGAUACCGCUGGCCAGGAACGCUACCGUGCCAUCACUUCGGCCUACUACCGCGGCGCUGUCGGUGCCCUGCUCGUUUACGACAUCAGCAAGCACCAGACAUACGAGAACGUCACUAGAUGGCUCAAGGAGCUGAGAGACCAUGCCGACAGUAACAUUGUCAUCAUGUUGGUCGGAAACAAGUCCGAUUUGAGACACCUGCGCGCUGUUCCCACAGAGGAGGCCAAGCAGUUUGCCAGCGAGAACAACCUCUCUUUCAUCGAGACUUCUGCUCUCGAUGCCAGCAAUGUCGAGCUUGCCUUCCAAAACAUCCUCACAGAAAUCUACCGCAUCGUCUCCAGCAAAGCCCUCGACCAAGGCGAAGGCAAGGAGAGCGGUCCCGGAAGCGGUGCCCCCGUCAGCGUCCCCUUGACCAAGCCUGCCGAUGGCAACGCAAAGUCUGGCCAGUGCUGUUAAAUGCCCACAACCCCCGAUACCCUGCCUAUGAACUACCCCAGAGCGUACACGAUAUGAGAAAAACCAGAGAAAAUAUACCGGAUCACGCCUCCACUUUCCCUUUGGAUGAUGUCGUGUGACCUCUCCCCUUUCGGCGUUACGAAGGCGCAAACGACUCGGCCAUUACACCGUGCGUGUCACUUGGAACGAGAACCCAUACCACUCAUCGCCAUGCGAACGCUUCUGCUCAUUUUUACAACUCCCCUGCGCUUUUCUUGGUUGCGAUCUAAUCCCCUUCAUGUCAUGUUAACGUUGCGAAUGUACUGGACUGGAGGGAACCGCUUUCUGUCUUCUGCUUUCUCGUCUUUUUUUUUGGUGUUUAUACAUCUGGGGUGGAGUCUCUGGCAACACGAAUGCGGGAAGACCGCUUAUAAGAAGGAGGAGGAAGGGAAAUGAUGAGCUUUCUCCUCUAGAUGUCCAAUGGAAAUGAAAUGCGAAACAUGCC